AUGUCAAAAUCAAACGAAACAGCAAUAGGAAUAGAUUUAGGAACUACAUAUUCAUGUGUAGGUGUAUUUAUAAAUGAUAAAGUUGAAAUCAUAGCUAAUGAUUAAGGAAAUAGAACAACUCCUUCAUAUGUAGCCUUUACAGAGAAUGAAAGAUUAAUAGGAGAUGCUGCAAAGAAUUAAGUUGCUAGAAAUCCUUAAAAUACAGUUUUUGAUGCUAAGAGACUUAUUGGAAGAAAAUUCAAUGAUCCAACAGUUUAGAAGGAUAUUAAAUUAUGGCCAUUUAAGGUAGAAGCAGGUGCUGAUGAUAAACCAUUGAUAGUUGUUAAAUUCAAGGGAGAAACUAAGAAAUUCCAUCCAGAAGAAAUUUCAUCAAUGGUUUUAACAAAAAUGAAGGAGAUAGCAGAAGCAUAUCUUGGAAAAUAAGUUAAGAAUGCAGUUAUUACAGUACCAGCAUAUUUCAAUGAUUCAUAAAGAUAAGCAACUAAAGAUGCUGGUUUGAUUUGUGGAUUAAAUGUACUUAGAAUAAUAAAUGAACCAACAGCAGCUUCAAUAGCUUAUGGAUUAGAUUAGAAAACAAAAGGAGAAAAGAAUGUUUUAAUAUUUGAUCUUGGUGGUGGUACAUUUGAUGUUAGUUUAUUAACAAUUGAUGAAGGAAUAUUUGAAGUUAAAGCUACUUCUGGUGAUACUCAUUUAGGAGGAGAAGAUUUUGAUAAUCGUUUGGUUGAGUAUUGUUGUGCAGAAUUCUAGAAGAAAAAGGGAAUCGAUUUAAGAUCUAAUGCUAGAGCUUUGAGAAGAUUAAGAACUUAAUGUGAAAGAGCUAAGAGAAUAUUAUCAUCUGCCAAUUAAACUACAAUUGAAUUAGAUGCUUUGGCUGAAAAUGAAGAUUUUAAUUGUUCAAUCACAAGAGCUAAAUUUGAAGAAUUAUGUUUAGAUCAAUUUAAGAAAUGUAUUCCACCAGUUGAAUAAGUUCUUAAGGAUAGUGGUAUGUCAAAGAGUUAAAUCCAUGAAGUAGUAUUAGUAGGAGGAUCAACAAGAAUUCCUAAAGUUUAAGAAUUAUUAAAGGAUUAUUUUAAUGGAAAAGAGUUGAAUAAAUCAAUUAAUCCAGAUGAAGCAGUUGCAUAUGGAGCAGCAGUAUAAGCAGCAAUAUUAACUGGAACUGGAUCAUAAAAAUGUGAAAACUUAGUAUUAUUGGAUGUAACACCAUUAUCUUUGGGUAUUGAAACAGCAGGAGGUGUUAUGAGUGUAUUGAUUCCAAGAAAUACUACAAUUCCUACUAAAAAGAGUUAAGUAUUUACAACUUAUGCUGAUAAUUAACCAGGAGUCUUAAUUUAAGUAUUUGAAGGUGAAAGAUAAAUGACUAAAGAUUGUCAUAAAUUAGGAUAAUUCUAAUUAGAUGGUAUUGCUCCUGCUCCUAGAGGUGUUCCUUAAAUUGAAGUCACAUUUGAUAUUGAUGAAAAUGGUAUCAUGAACAUUCUUGCUGAAGAUAAGGCUUCAAAGAAAAAUAAUAAGAUCACUAUUACAAAUGAUAAGGGAAGAUUAUCUAAAUAAGAUAUAGAUAGACUAGUUAAUGAAGCUGAAAAGUAUAAAGCUGAUGAUGAAAAAAUUAAAUUAAGAAUUGAAGCCAAAAAUAAUUUAGAGUCAACUGCUUAUCAUAUGAAGAAUACUAUGAAUGAUGAAUAAUUUAAGGAUAAAUUCACUUCUGAUGAAAAGAGACAAUUAUCAGAUUUAGUUGAAUAAACUUAAAAAUGGUUGGAUUCACAUUAAAAUGAAGAAGCUGAUGUUUAUAAAGACAAAUUAAAAGAACUUGAAUCUAAAUUCCAUCCUAUUAUGUAAAGAGUAUAUGCCUAAACUGGAGCUGCUGCUGGAGCUGGAGCAUCAAUGCCUAAUAUGAAUAGAGGAGCUGGAUCAGAAUUCAAACCAACAGUAGACCAAGUCGAUUGA